GAUAAACCAUACAUGGUACAUUUGUCUUCGGCGCUAACAAAGCAGAGUAUGCAGGCGAUAACUGAGCUGUUCAUCGCUUAAGGCAGGACACCAGAGAAAGCUGCCUCGUCUUGUGAUGUAGUAUGAUUCUGUUUUGUACAGGUAAACAGAAAGGGAGCUGGAGAGCUCAGCUUUAUAGGAACCAUACUGAUAGACAAAGAUGUUUCUUCCUGGAGGUUUGUCACAAGAGGAAGCUCACAACACUGGUACCGAAACUGCAGUGCAGGCUGUGCUUUCCAUGAACCGCAAGCGCCCUUUGUUGCUGCCGCCGCCGCCGUGGACGACACCGACAGAAAGAGCACCGCCCACGACUCCACGAGCACACCUCCACCGGACAUGAACACAAUUCCGGUGAGGAAGAAGGCAGGGAGCAUCCUCCACUGGACCACCGGCGGAUGAAGCUCUUUGGCCCGCGUGGCGGCGAAUUCCUCGCUAGCUGUGCGCGUUGGAGUCGGAGUACAGACCGCGGGAUUUCCCUUCCUCGCGCCAAAUUUACUUGGAUUUGUGGCCAUUGGGAUCUCUCCUCCUGUCUUCUCCCCCCUGCGCCUUACUGGGACCUGACCUGACUAGCGUCUCUCCCAUCCCAGCCAUCUCUGCAUCAUGGGUCUGCUGGCGCUGAAUCGUCUCGUGUCCGUUCAGCGGGUGCGGGAGCGACGCCGCCGGCGGCGGCAGCGGCAGCGCGGCCAGAUCCGAGAUGCAAAAGUUGCUUCGCUAGCUAAUGGAAAGGAUACCAGCUGCCAACAAGAUGGUAGUCCUCAAGGUCACAAAAGGAGGAGAUAUUCUGGGCCAGACCUGCCAGAGGACAUAUGGCGUCAUAUACAUUUCCUGAUGCCACUGCAAGAUGCUGCCCGCGCUGCCUGUGUGUCUCAUGCCUUUCUAAGUUCCUGGAGGUGUCGCCCCGACAUUACCAUCAGCUGGAAAACACUAGGCGGAAAGGAUGAAGUUGCAAAGGAUUUCAACAGCAUAGCUGACCAGAUUCUGAAAAACCGUUCAGGCAUUGGCUUGAAGACUCUCAAGAUAGAUUUCUGUGAUUAUAAAGCUGACACUUAUUCUUAUCUUAAUAAUUGGCUUGAGAUUGCUAUUACACCAGAGCUUGAAGAACUCACCCUAGAUCUGUUUCCAAGAAAGGCGAAGUACAGUUUCCCAUGCUCCCUUUUAUCUAAUGGGAGAGGAAAUUCGCUUCGGCAUCUAAAGCUUGUUUGGUGCGCCUUCAGUAACACAGUUGGUCUAGAUUGCUUGAAAAACCUGACUAGUCUGCAUCUGCAUGACGUGCAUAUUACAGGGAAUGAGCUAGGGUGCCUCUUCUCUAGUUCAUCCGCUUUGGAGCGAUUGGAAUUACAUGGAUGCCAUAAGAUAGUUCGCUUGGAGAUACCUUGCCUCCUACAGCGUCUCAGGUAUCUUGGGGUGUUUGUAUGUGAGAGGCUGAAAGUGAUAGAGAGCAAAGCUCCAAAUAUAUCCAGUUUUCAUUUAUCAGAAAUCCAAGGAAAAUUCUCACUUGGAGAAUCAUCAUUGCAACUGAAGGACAUGAUGCUGAGCAUGAACUGCACUAUCUCAUUUGCUCGUGCCAAGCUUCCAUUCAUCGUUCCAAAUCUUAAAUCUCUUUCCUUAGCUUCAGACUAUGAGGUGCCUAAUACACCACUGGUGUCAAAAACAUUCCUCCAUCUCAAGUAUUUGUGUAUUAGUCUUUCUGAAGGGGCAUUUUCCCCAUAUUAUGAUUGUUUCUCUGCGGUUUCUUUUCUUGAUGCUGCACCGUCCUUGGAGACUCUACGGUUGGGUGUAACACAAUUAUGGAUGAAGCAUGAGCCGUUUGUUGGAGAGCCUUCACCUCAGAAUCAGAUCAUGGGAACCCGUCACAGCAACCUUAAGAGUGUGAAGAUCACUGGUUUCUGCUCUGCAAAGAGCUUGGUUGAGUUAACAUGCUAUAUUCUUGAGUAUGCUACAUCACUUGACUGCCUUACUUUGGACACCACUUGGGGUUGUUUCCGUAGGUGCUCUGAUCACGGAAUUAGCAAAUGUGCAUCAUUGACUAAGAAUAUCAUCAGGGACUCCCGGAAUGCUCUCCUGGUUAUCAGAGCAUGGAUUGAGGGGAAAGUUCCCCCCUCGGUGAAAUUUAAUGUUCUUGCGCAUUGCAGCAAAUGCCAUAAUGCUGAUGAAGACUGAGCUACCAUAGUUAUAAAAUGUACUUAGUUUUUGAUGCGUUCUGCUCUGCUCUGGGUGAAAAUUAGUGCUAUGUUUAUGUUUGGCUACAUUGUUGUAACUGAAAAUUAUUGCUAUUGUCUAUGGUUGGCUACAUUGUUGUAAUUAUAAGCUUGGUUAAAUUGUUGUGACUACUUUGUGUAAUCUAUAACGUUGUCUUGAUUUUUUA